GCUGGCUUCUCAUCGUUGCAAGACUGCUACUGCAGUUCUGUUUUGUCGGACUGUGUACGACACCUUUGGAAACGACUCGCGUUCCCGUUGACGUGACCGUCUGCUGUGCAGCGCUCAGAGGCUGGGUGCCUGCUCGCCGUGUUUCUCGAUUAACGAGUUAGCACGUGGUCAGUGUUGCUGAAUUUAGUGUCUCGUAAUAUGAUUGGGGGUUUACAGUUCAGUCUGGAAGAAAAACGCAAAAACCUGGUACAGAAAAGGGGAGCUACUGCUGCCGCUAUACGGGCGCCGCUCCCCAAAUAGCCAGUUUUUCGAUUUACCACACCCCCCUUCGAGAACCAUCAACUUUUCGAUGCGGUGUUGCUGCUCAAGUGCUGGACACAUCGACAGAGUUGUGAUGAAACCGAGUGAGUGCAAGGUCGCUAACAGUCCAAAUACUGUAUGUGCCGUGUGCCAACGAUUCCCCAAAUUACGUGCGUUCCAGUACCCUUUUGGGGCUCUUUUCCUCUCGCAUUCUCUGACAUGUCUCUUCCAUGAAGGCCAGUUUCAGUUGGACAUGCUGCAAAAUCGGCAAGCGCCUGGGGGCAAGCACCUGGUGAAAAACGCACAGGUCCAGUUCGAGUGUAUGGACACCUGGUUGAAACAAGACGUGAGAGUCGAAACGGACGCAGCGCACACAGUCUUCGACUUGUUUCGUGCCAAGUGCUGAAUCGAAUUCGCCGGUGACUGAAAGUGCUUCUUCUCGACCGCCUCUCUCUGCCACCGAGUGACCUUUUGUGUAAGAAUGCAUCGCCGGAAGUCGGCAGGAAUUCCAAACCUUCCCAAGAACCUGUAAAUUCAUCGUUUUUGGCGCUCCAUGGCAUGCCCGUCUGAGGGCGUCUCACCGCUGCUGGACUACCGGUUCAACCUCAUUUAGCCGCCGUCUGGUUCCCGUGCGUCUGAAUCCACCUCGUUUUUUACCCUGAUUAUUUUUGUUUCGGUUGAUUCCUUGACACAAUUACGUUCGUAUGGUUCUACUGCACGUCCCACUGAUCGGCGUCGUUCUCCACCGGCUUCACUCUUUCGGUUCCCUUCGACUGAAGUUUCUCUGCCGUCUCCGUUUCUACCCUUGCGGACCAUGGCACCGCCACCUCGAAAUUCCCAGGAAAAAUCCAAGAAGGCGGGUGCGGGAGAGUCUUCACGGUCGUCUCGCGGGCACCAUUCUCGUCAGAGAAAUCGCAGCCACCACGGGUCUUCUCGCCGAACGACUGUGAUGGCGGCUCAAGAUACUUCUGUUGCUUCUACACGUGGAACAGAUGUCCCUGCACAGCCAUUGCCACAUCCAUCUGCACCAUCUGACAGAGUACCCCAGACUGGCGAUUUGUCUGCGCCUCACGAAGAGCUGACACUUCCUGCUGCGACGCCAACGCAGCAUUCCACACCGGCUCACUUUGCGUCAGGCGGAAAAGCAUGGCGACGAAGAUCCACCGACGCUUCCGCUGGAGAGGAAGAUGAAACCGCACACUUGCCUGUGACAAAUCAACGGGACGAGCGGGAAAAUGGCAGCGCUGAUCUCUCGUCCCAUACCCAACUGGCGUCCCCCCGGACGCAACAUUUAGGUAAGUUGCAGCAGGCAGAGCCCACCCUUGACGGCGAAUCUGAACAGCGCCUGCAAGGGGAAGCUUCCUCUCUUCGCCCUGACCCACAUCAGAAGAAUCACCUCUCCUUCGAGAGCGCCUCAGCCUUGACGGCUUCUGGACUCCCGUACUCUCCGCUUCGCUCGCCCCUCUCCUCUGCAGAUCCAUCCCUUUCCUUCGACCAGUCCUGCGUGGUAACCCCAGCGACUCCUGCCUCUUCGCUAGUCUGUACACCCGAGCCUGGCCCCCUUUCGACUUCCUGCGGACUCGAAUAUCUCAGCUACGCUCGCUCUCCGGCGACGUCGGAAUCUCCAGCGCCCAGCGGUUCUCCUCACGCCUUCCCAGUCAACGGCGAGACUGCUGAGCCUGCACGUGCAGCAAAGAAAGAGAUGACGCGCGAUUCCUUGCCAGUGCCUGCAGUGUCUCCUCAGCCGAAGCAGGGAGCAGCAGGCGUGAACCCUCAAGAGGAUGUUUCAGAGGCCUUUUCAGCCUCUGGCGAUUCCUCAGAGGAUCUCCCUGCCGCUGUCGCGAUCCCCCCGCUCUGCAGUGAGCCUUGCCUAACCCCCCGCAUCCCAAGAGAUAAAACGCCAGCACACACAGAGCAACUGGAGACUUCACCUGGGGACGCGAGUUUGGCCGCAAAACUCCCCUCUGUUACUGUCCCUCCCGCUCCUACCGCCGCGUCUGUCUCCUCUCCAACUGGCUCCUCCUGGCUUCCCCCCGGUGUUGCCUCGCCCCCAAGUCUGAACGGAGACGCGUCUGGUGUCUCCUCGCCACGUGGGCUCAACGGAGACGGCUGCGCUGUCUCCUCGCGCCCUUACCGCGCGGCCCUACAGUCUGUCUCGGCUACACCGCUCGCCUUCUGGCCGGCGCUGCGUCUGGGGCGUCUGAGGAAUGGACUGGAGUACCGAAUUCUUCAGCAUGCAUUUCCUGCGCACAAGAUUGCAGCCCACCUCGUGGUGCAUGCAGGCAGCGUUCACGAAGAAGAGAACGAGCAAGGCCUCGCGCAUCUGCUGGAGCACUGCGUUUUCCAGGGGACUCGAAAGUUUCCUUCUGCGGCGCAAGUUCGCCGGGAGCUCGGCGCACUCGGCAUGUCUUUCGGAGGGGAUCUAAACGCAUACACCGACUUCCACCACACUGCCUACACACUCCACAGCCCCGUUGAGACACCGAACGUGGUGACUGAGGCACAGGCAGAAGAGCUAAGGGAGGAGAAGAACGAGGAGGAAACCAGCGAAAGGAGUGAGGAGAAUAACAAGGAGAAGAACGAGGAAAAGAGCAACUUGGAGAGGUGUUUGGUGCUGUUGAGGGAGCUGGUUUUUGCGCCUCUUCUUGAAGACGGGGAGUCGCUGGAGGCUGAGAGACAGGCAGUGUUGAGUGAGGAGCAGCUUCGGCACUCAGUUCAGUACCGCGUCGAGAAGAAGAUGUAUGAACAUCUCCAUGGAGAAAACAUAUUGGCUCGGCGCUUUCCUAUUGGAUUGACGGAACAGGUCAAAAAGAUGACUGCUGAAGAUUUGCGACGGUUCAAGCGCCGCUGGUAUCGUCCCGCGAACGCUGUGCUUCUCGUCGUCGCCGAUGAAGACGCAGACGCGGUCGUCGAGUUGGCGGAGCAGGUGUUUUCGCCUGUCUCUCCAGAUGGCGAGUUUCGAGAGGAAGCGAAACAGGAGACCGACAGGGAGACCGAAAAGGAGGCAGUUCUACGUUUCCGUCAGAGAAAAGCGGCACCCCAAGACGCAAUUUCGUGGGCAGAAGCAGGCGCCCAACUGGCCAAGCCAGGCGGUGCGUUGCUGCCUCGCCAUCCCGACGUGUACGAGGCACCUUCCCCACGGGAGGCCGUUUUUCAGCAUCACCUUCUCAAGGGACUGGUCGUCAUCAUCGCCGCUAAGGAAGAAAUUUCUCCUCUUCGUACGAUGCGAGACUUCUUCGUCACUCUCGUAGACACAUGCAUCUCCUGCAUUUUCCAUACGCGCUUGAACGACUCGGAGCUUGCGAGGCGCGAUCCGCUUUUCUUGUCGGCGACAUGGAAUUACUCGAACAGCGCGCGAGAAAAUUGCGCGUGGAACACCCUGACCGUCGCAGCAGCCAGCCUGCACUCAUGGCCUCUGGCGGUGCAAGAAGCUGUCGAACAAGUCGUCGCCUUGUGCCGAUUCGGCGUCGACAGUGCGGAGCUCCGGUGGGCCGUCAAAAGUCUCCGCAAAAGCUACAGAGACAGCAUGGCGCAGCAAGACUGUCAGGACGGAGAGUCGCUGCUCGAGGAGAUCGUCGAAACUCUGACAACAGGCUGCAUUUUCACCUCCCGGAAACAGGAAUUCGAAGCGUUUGAAUCGCUCGCAGAAUUCAUUACUCCCGAGGUCGUCCAGGCGAGGUGUCAAGAGGUUUUUUACCAUAUUCUGCACUUCUUCGACGAGUACCGAGGCUCCGCCGAGACGCCGCGCGCGUCGCUCUUCGUCUACGGGCCGACGCAUGAGCGUUUCGACGAAGACCUUUCGCUUCGCUUCCUCUCGCCGCUCUGCACGCAGUCACCUCUCGUCUCGCGGGGGAACAGCGACCUGGUGCCGCAGAGCUCGUUGCCCUUCGGCCGCCGAGUCACACGGACAGUGUCGCACUCAACUUGUUUGGUUCUUCCUGGCGGGGAAGGAUCUGAGGACGAGGCUGAGAAUUUCUCAGAGAAUGCUGCGUUUGCCGUCACGGCCGAGGAAGUGGAAACUGCCAUCGCAAAGGCGCUGGCACACCAGCCUGCACCCGCUUCCUUUCAUCUUCCGGACGCGCUUCUCGACAGAGAAAAACUGGAUGCUUCCCUGGCGGAGAAUCCGCCGAAGUUCAUUCCGCCGUUGAUGAGAAAUCGGUUGAAAUUGCACGGACCGAGCGCCGAGGAGGUGCGUUACAGGUUUUCAGAGACGGACGGAUUUCUGGACGAAGAGACAGAAAUUCAGUUUUGGAGAUUCGAGAACGGCGCGAGCGUGAAUGCAAAGUCGACCAACUUCGAGCCCAGUCGAUGCCAAGUUCGUCUGUUUUUCUUUGGAGGCGAACUGAUGGCCCAGGGAGACGAGCGACAGCUGCUGGACCUGGGCAUUCGAACGCUCAUGGACGGAGGACUCGCGGGACAUCUGCAGAAGAACGUCGACAAACUUUGCGCUCUCUGGGGAAUCUACGUCUCCGCACACGUUGAACCAGAGGGUGUGUCCUUGACGGUGACUUUCGACACCGCGCAAGAAGAGGCGUGUGAUCACGCCUUCGAGUUGAUUCACAGCUACUUGGAGUACCCAGCCUGGAGUGAAGACGUUUUUGAACGCCAAAAGCAAUUCAUGAAAACGAGCUACGAGAUGUCCCUGUCGAGUCUGGAUUUCGUUGCUUCUGUCGCGCUGACGUAUCAACUGUAUCCCGGCGACCGUCGCUGGGUGCCGGCGAACUCGUCGCAGCUGGACUCGUACACGCUGGAGCAAGCGCGGGCGGCUGUGGAGCGCCAGCUGCAGCCUCACCUCUUGGAGGUUUGCGUUGUGGGAGAGUUCAAGGUGGACGAACUCAAGCGGGUAGUCACGCGAUAUAUCGGAAGUCUGAAGGCGAAGCUCCCGGUCGACGCGGCGUCUCGAGCGCAGUUCGAGGACGGAAGCGUUCCAGACAUCUCGCCGAUUAUCCCCUUCAAGAGGAGCAAGUUCGUCGCACCCUUCCUCGAGGAGAAGCAGCAGGCAGAGCGAUGCGCCGUGACUGUGGCCCUUCCAGGCUUUGGACGAUACGACUUCGAGAAGAAGGGAGACCAAGCGAGCUUCCAAGCAAGUCCCAGCUACCGGUUCCGAGUUUGGAGGUUCAUCGAAGAAAUCAUCAACAAUCGCCUUCAUGAUGAAAUGCGCGAGAAGAGACAACUCGGCUACUCCUUCUCCUGUCACGCAGCCGCACUGGAGUUUCAGGACGUCGGAUUUCUUCUCUUCGCUGCGACGCCUCUUCCGGCCUUCGCUGCGAAGGCUUGGGAUGCUCUUUGCGCGGUUAUUCGGUCGCUCUGCACCACGAAUCCCCCGAGCAAAGACGAGUAUCUGGCGGCGAAGCAGGUUGUGACAUCAGGCUUCAGCACCAGCUUCAAAACCAACGAGUAUUGGAUGGCUCUGCUCUUCGGACUCCAGCUGCCGACGUCUCCAAAGGACCUGGACUCUAUCAAGCGAAUUCCGGAGUUCUACGAGAGAGUGUCUCCGGUCGAUAUCUUCGAAGUCAUGCGAGCGACGCUCUUCGCCUCUCCGAUGAUCAGCUGCAUUGCCAUUUCCGGGCCGCGGGAGAUAAAAGGACUUCCGUCCAGAGUCGAGAGCGCAGUGGAAGCGAAACUCACCAGGCAGCUGCUGGCAAGGAGUGAAACCUCCCCACCUCUUCCGUGGGAGGAUACGCAACCGUGGGAAGAAGACCUUGGAGUUGACGCCGAGUGGGACGCGAUUUCCAGACGUGGAGUGCUCGGCAGCGGUUCUCGCCUGUUUUCUCCGGCGUCCGUCGUCCAGCGGCUUUCUCGCCUUCUGAAUAAAAAGGAGUCGUUGCUGCUGCUCAGCUCCCUUGCGGCGCUCGGCGCUCUCAUUUGGCUCUCGCGGCUUCGCCAGCGCUAGGCGCGCCUGGCAGUUCUUAUCGAAGUAGAAAGAGUGAAGAAAAGAGUUGCUUCUCAGCCUCAGCAGCUGUGCGGGAGGAAGGCGUCGCGCAUGAGCACACGAGGAAGAUUGAGUCGCUGCGAAGCAGAACGCCGAAGUCGAGACCUGCUGCAGGGUGCGGUGGUGCAAGGCCUGGCGUCGCGAGCGAGGAAGCCGACGGCGCGCGGUUGCUGCUACGAGUGAAGAGAGGAGAAGCAGAAGCUCGCGAACUGGCAGGAGAUCCUGGGCAGGAAAGGAACAGAGAAACGGAGAGAGAACGGGAACUGUCUGUGGGUGGCCAGGCUUCGACGUAGAGCAAAGUGUCUGGAACGCAGAAGACGGAAACGAGACAAGAAAGUUGUAUCUGGGUCAGCCUGUGCGUUUCCAUAUUCGAGUUCCCCAUUUUCUGUCAGCAAAUGCAUGCGCAGCGGGUGAACCUCGCCACUCCUGUUUUUUCCGCUCCCUGCAAAGAUCCGCUUUUUGACGAUCGCUUACCUGUAAAGCCGUCUGUAUGUCACCCGUUCCAUACGUCUCAGACUGUCUCCGUUUCCUGAGAGUCUUUCGUUCUGUGCGUCGUUCUUCUGUGGAGACGUACUGUCGGUCUCCUGUCUCGCAACACCCUGUCGGUCAAACUACAUCUCAUUUCAUCUGUCUUCCUAUCCCUGUAGGUCUUCCAAGAUCUUCACAUUAUAUAUGUUUACCGGCAUGUUGAUAUAAAUAUUUAUAUAUAUAUGUACAUGUACAUGUGUGUAUGUGUGUGUGUAUACGUGUGUAUGUAUGUACAGCCAUCGUUGGAUAUAUAGUGACCUGGAUGACUUGGACAUUUCUUGUGGUUCUGCAUCUGUGGCUAUUUGUCCCUUGUGUGAGCUACGCGAGUGAGGUGAAACGUUUCAGAGAACUUUUUGGACUCACGUCAAACCGAUAGCCAGC